CGGACGGUUUACGAUUUUAGAAUAAAUUUUCUUGCCGCCGGUGAGGUGGUUAGGUUUGCUUUUCCUUAUUUAGGUUUGCUUUUCUUUAUUUAUAUAAUGCAUAAACGGAGCUUCGAGCCAUUCAAUGGCGUUUGCCUGUCUACGAUUUGCUUUUUCCUCUUCUGCAUUUGUUCUAAGCUUCUCUGCCUCCUCCUCCUAAGUCCUGUCGGAUUGGUAGCCGCGCCGGGAGCUCGCCGCGAAGAUAACAUUUGAUCUCUCCUUCUUCAGCACCUCUUGGGGAUUCUUACUCCCGACAGGAAUUCCUCUUUUCCAUCAGAUUAGACGAAGCUUUAGCUAUUUUGAUCGGAAGAAGAACGAGCGCCGGAUCUGAGGAAGAAUGUCUUACGCUUACCUUUUCAAGUACAUCAUAAUCGGAGACACUGGUGUUGGGAAAUCAUGUCUCCUAUUGCAAUUCACGGACAAGAGGUUUCAACCUAUACAUGAUUUGACUAUUGGUGUUGAGUUUGGUGCUAGGAUGAUCACCAUUGAUAACAAGCCGAUCAAAUUGCAAAUAUGGGAUACGGCAGGUCAAGAAUCAUUCAGAUCUAUUACAAGGUCCUACUAUAGAGGAGCAGCUGGUGCCUUGCUGGUAUAUGAUAUUACCAGGAGAGAAACAUUUAACCAUCUUGCAAGCUGGCUUGAAGAUGCAAGACAACAUGCAAAUGCUAAUAUGACUAUUAUGUUAAUUGGAAACAAAUCUGAUCUUUCUCAUAGAAGGGCUGUAAGUACUGAGGAAGGCCAACAGUUUGCCAAAGAACAUGGACUAAUCUUUAUGGAAGCUUCAGCAAAAACUCCACAGAAUGUUGAGGAGGCAUUCAUUAACACAGCAGCUACGAUCUACAAGAAGAUUCAGGAUGGUGUGUUUGAUGUGUCAAAUGAGUCUUAUGGAAUCAAAAUUGGAUAUGGAGGAAUACAAGGUCCAGCUGGAGGAAGAGAUGAAUCUUCAUCCCAGGCUGGUGGUUGCUGCAGUUGAGCACCGAACGUUACUCUAGUCUGGUCCUUCGGAAAUCGAGGUUGGAUCCCUCUCGCUGCUUCCCUAGGGCUUCAGAGCUUUUGAUGCCAUGAUUUUUAUUGCCCGAAUGUGUCGGUUCUUGCUCUCCUGAGCCCUCUUUUGACUAAUUUUGCCUUUUUGGGGUGUUGUUUUGCCCUUUAUAGUUGGUUUUUUGUGCAUGGUUUUACUUGUAAUUUCUUUAUGGGUGUUUUUUGUGGUUCUUUGUAACCUCUCUUUUUAACAUACGGACUUAGCCCCAAAUUAAAAAAAAAAAAAAAUUCAUGUGUUGUGAUUAUUAUCUAUAAUCUAUUAUUGUUUAGGUUUUUCAUGACUCUGCAAAUUUUUUUGUUUUUUGUUUUUUUAACUUUCUGAGUAUAUCUAUUUGCUUGUUUACAAUCAUAUGUAUAUCUCAUUCGGUGAUGCUUUUCAUUGCAAAAAUUUCAGCAAUUUUAUUUGUUUGGGAAUGGUGUCCCUCUGACAUUAACAUACCUGUUAAUGACCUCCCUACUUCGCAGAAACCCACUACCAAAAUUCAAUCCCCUUCCCACCCAAAGCAGACUCGAGGUAAGAAUGCUCUUGAUGUCCCCCCCGGAAUGUGAGGGGGUUUAACAGACCCGACAAGGUGCACGCUUACAAAGGUCUUGUAAGCUCUUACAAUCUGAAGUUGUUGUGUAUUUUAGAAGCUAAAGUACACUUGUCCAAUGUUGAGGACCCUUGGUUCAUCAACUCUCAUCUCAUUUUUAACAAUUAAAACUGCUGCAAUAAUUUUAGCCUUUAUACCCCUAGUAGAAUUUGGAUUAAGUGUGAUUCCUCCCACCUUUCUUUCUCUCCCUCCCUCUCAUCUCAAAUCAUCCACGGAACUCUCUCUGUGGAAUCUUUCACACCCGAUUCUCCUGCCUGUCAUUGAUGCGGCCAACUCGGUCGAUGAUAGAAAAACUCUUUGGGAUCAGUUAAGAAAUUUGGUGCCUGACCCCUCUCAACCCUAGUUGAUUAUGGGAGAUGUUAAUUGCUACAAAUUUGAUUCUUAUAAAGCAGGCGGCUCUCCUUUACCCUUGGGUUGAUUGGGGGAGCUUAAUAACGUUAUUUCAUAUUGUGACAUUCAAGAUCGGCCUCCAUGGGCCUUUUCUAUAAUUGGUUCAAUCAGAGGAUUGACUAUCCCAUACAUAUCAACCUGGACAGAGUACAUAUUAAUUCAAAAUUUCUUGACCUUUUCCCUCAUGCCUUCCACAAAGUGGCUCCUCUUAUGUGCUCUGAUCAUUCUCCUUUAAUAGUUAAUACCACCUCCUCCAACGCCAACCCCUGCCAUUUUCUUUUUAAGAAUUAUUGGGCCUAUAUGGAUGACAUUUGGGAUAAAGUUCUCAAUGCUUUCUCUAGGCCAUUCACUGCCUCCCCUAUUGCAUCCUCCUUUCACUACCUUCAAAACCUCAAAAGAAAUUUGAAAGAAAAAGCUUGGGCUUCCUCCAACUUCCUUUCUAACUCUAUCCUGGAAUUAAAAUACAGACAUCAUCAAUGCAUUGUUGACCUCCAGAAUAAUCCACCAAAUCUCCAUUUAAAUGCAACCUUUAAGCUGGUUAAUGAUCAAUUAGCCAAUAUGCAAGCUUCUUAGACAUCCUGAAUCUCUCAAAGAGCCAACGCCAAAUGACUUUCUAAUGGAGAAGAUGACCUCGGUUUCCUUUAUGCUAUAAUACAUGCCAUGAGGAAUAAAAACAUUUUAAGAGAGAUUAAUACCCCUCUUGGUCACUUCACUUCCCCUCCAUACAUUGUGACUGCCAUUAUUCAACAUUUUAAGGGACUUUAUGAUGCUCCACCUAAUGCAAUUGAUUUGUGCAUCCCUUCGGGUGGCAUUGUUCCUUCGCCUUUAGCUAACUCUUUGGUUGCUCCCUUCUCUUAUGAGGAAAUCAAGGCAGUUGUUUUUUAGGGGCAGCAUGAUUCAACCGCUGGUCCACACAAUUUUCUGUGCUAAACUAGACAUAAUGAAAGCUUUCGAAACAGUCUCUCAUGACUUCUUGCUCAACAGGAUGCAUCAACAAGGUUUCCCUGAAAGUUUAUCAAAUGGGUUAACGACUGCAUUUCCAACGUCUACUUUUUAAUUUGCCUCAAUGGCUCUCUUGAGGGUUUCAUCCAUUCGCUAUCCCCUUUGUUCUUUUGUAUUGUGAUGGACGGCCUCUCAUGUUGCCUGCAUCGCCUGAACCCUGCUCCCCCUUUCUCUGGUUUAAAUCUAAAUGGGAUCUUUUUUAAUCAUUUGCUUGGCGCAGAUGACCUCCUAGUUUUUGGUUCUUCCACUCCCCAUAAUGCUUUGCCUUAAUGGCUCUCUUGAGGGUUUCA